CCGACAUUAAUGCAUCUCUCGUCUUUCUUACUCGCAGAAUUCGCCAUUUUUGUUUCCACCAUCUCUCUGUUUUCGUCGACGGACGAACAUGACCGACAAAGUCUCGACGGUAUGCUUAUUAUCCGUACUCCUCGUCGUCGUCUGCUCCGUGGGUCAGUCCUCCGGUGCUGACGUGGAGGCUCUGUUGGCCUUCAAGUCGUCUCUGGUCAACGCCUCCACCGAGGAGCUGAGAAGCUGGGACGCCGCCGUGGCUCCGCCGUGCGACGCCGGAGGAAACGGGUCGAGCUGGAAGGGAGUGAUGUGUUCGAACGGCGUCGUUUUCGCCGUCCGGCUCGAGAACAUGUCUCUCUCCGGGGCGCUUGACUUUCACGCGCUCGGCGGCUUACGCGGACUCCGGAGCCUGAGCUUCAUGUACAACGCGUUCGAGGGGACGAUGCCAGGUGGCGUGAGCGGAUUGGUGUCGCUGGUGCAUCUCUACUUGGCUUAUAACCGGUUUUCCGGCGAGGUAGGGGAGGAUGUUUUCGCCGGGCUGAGGCAGCUGAGGCGGGUGCAUUUGGAGGGAAACCGGUUUUCCGGCGAGAUUCCGAUGUCGCUGGCGAGAUUGCCGAAGCUGGUAGAGAUGAAUCUCGAAGGGAAUCUUUUCUCAGGGAAUAUUCCAUGGUUUGAUCAGAAGGAUUUGGUUAUGGUUAACGUCGCUAAUAACCGAUUAGAAGGCCGGAUUCCUCGUACGCUCAGUGACAUGAACUCCACAUUCUUCACAGGUAACAAGGACCUCUGUGGAAGGCCUUUGGGUCCCUGCAGAUUCUCCGCCGCUCGUCCGCCGCCGUGGACUGUGGUUCUCCUCGCCGUAACCGUCCUUGCCAUCGUCGUCCUCCUCAUUGUCUUCCUCGGCGUCUGCUUCAUCAGCUUACGACACCGCCACGGCCACGGCCAUGGCGUCGCCGAGCAAUCCGCUUCGAAAGGCACUCAGGACUCGAAGAUCUACAAGAAGCUCGCCGACGAUGCCGUGCAGAGAGAGGUGGUUCACUCUCCGUCGUUGGAGAAGCCAGGAGAUCAGCGGAAGCUGCAUUUUGUACGGAACGAUCGCGAGAAGUUCACGCUUCAGGACAUGCUUCGAGCUUCUGCGGAGGUUCUCGGAAGCGGCGGGUUCGGUUCUUCGUACAAGGCGGUUCUGUCGAGUGGUUGCGCGGUGGUAGUGAAACGGUUCCGAUACAUGAACAACAUGGGGAAGGAAGAGUUCUAUGAUCACUUGAAGAAGAUCGGGAGACUGUCUCAUCCUAAUCUCUUACCGUUGAUUGCUUUCUACUACAGAAGAGAGGAGAAGCUUCUGGUAUCUGAUUUCAUCCCCAAUGGCAGUCUCGCGAAUCUCCUCCAUGCUAAUCGAACUCCUGGGCAAGUGGUGUUGGACUGGCCGAUCCGUUUGAAGAUCAUCAGAGGAGUCGCAAGAGGACUGGCUUAUCUCUACAGAGUGUUCCCGGAUCUGAAUCUGCCUCAUGGAAAUCUCAAAUCUUCAAACGUGUUGCUCGAUCACAACUUCGAACCACUCCUCACGGACUACGCUCUCGUUCCAGUGGUCAACAAGGAACAAGCUCAGCAGUUCACCGUGGCCUACAAGUCGCCGGAGUUCACGCAACAGGACAGGAUCUCGAGGAAGUCUGACGUGUGGAGCCUGGGGAUUCUGAUACUAGAGGUCCUGACAGGGAAGUUUCCAGCGAACUAUCUCCGGCAAGGGAAAGGAGCUAACGACGAAUUGGCUGCUUGGGUAGAGUCCAUUGCAAGAACAGAGUGGACAUCGGAGGUGUUCGAUAAGGACAUGGGAGUAGGGAAGGAGCACGAGGGGCAGAUGUUGAAGCUGCUCAAGAUUGGAUUGAGAUGCAGUGAUUGGGAUAUGGAGAGAAGGAUUGAGCUCAACGAAGCCGUGGACCGUAUCGAGGAACUUGACAGAGAUUCAGGUGGGGAUCACGAAAGUGUCCGAACUUCAUACGUGACUGCUAGCGAAGGUGAUCACCGUUCUUCAAGAGCCAUGACUGAAGAGUUCUCGCUCAUGUAAAACACCACGACCAAGCUCAAUCUCAUCUAAAUCUUCUGAUUUUCAUUUUCUUGAUGUUUGUUGAUCAAGUUUGGUGACUGUGUUUAGGUAAGAUCCUCAGUUUUCUUUCUGUCACGCUAUCGAUUCAACUCUUGCUAGUUUAAUAGACAUUGAUUGAUGUGCAAAGCUUUGUUUUUUUAUGUUUUUGUUCAGUUUCUUUCUUUGUAUACUUCAUGCCAUAUUGGUAUUGUUCUAGACGAGAAAACAUGUCUUCUUCUGUCAUAUCUUCAAUCUGUUCACAAAUCGAUGCAGUCCGUUAUCCCCUUUCCUUGGAGAUUUACAUUCUUGAUGAACAUAGGGCAGGGGACAAAGCAAACAGAGUAUCAGACAAAGGAUUUGUGGCAUCUUGUUUUGUAAUGUUCGGAUAUAGUUUACUUGCAGGAAAGGACAUCAGGAACUAUACUGAAACCUGAGUUCUCCAAUAUAUCUGGUAGAGGGUACAAGUUUCUGAAUUUGUGGGCAAGACCAUUGCGCUAUAUAUACACUUUGGUGCCCGCCUUGUCGUUCCUUCACCUUUCAGCUCGUAGAAAACUACAACGAGCUCGCAGUUACAGCUAAAAUCUGCUUCGACAGAGACUAUGUAGAAUUCAACAAGAACAUGACCAACAUGCCUCUGCAGAAUCUUCAACAUCAAACUUAUCCAGGCCUUAAUAAUCAUAAGGACCAGAAGGCAAAAACCCGUAAACGCAAAUGGCAAGACCCUUGAUAUCCAUGUGCAGAGCAAGGAGUUACCUGUAUCCCGACUCAAGCAUGGCAGUGACAGAGAUUGAAGCCGGUCUGAAGAAGGAAGAUGACGGGCAUGAAGGAUAAGAAACAUGAACAUGAUGAUCUGAAUCUCGACAUGACAAAAGCUUAUGUAUGCGACUUCUGCAAGAAACAAGGAAGAUUAUGGGCAUUCUGGUGCGGUAUGCCUGUGACUACGAUCCUCAUCCCACGUAUGUGGAACAACAAGAAACAAUCAUCGUUUUAGCAAUUACAGGAAGAGAAGUCGGAUAUCAAAAGAAGGGAAGCCGGCAAACAAGGAGAGGCGCCUAUACAGAAGAGAACCAGAAGCAAUGGAUUUUUAGAAAUGCACUUUGCCCUUUCCUCCAUAUUCGCUGGUUGCAAAAACAUAAAAACAAACAACACGCAAGGAAGGGACAUCAGAGGGAGAGAGAGAGAGAGAGAGAGAGAGAGAGAGAGAGAGAGAGAGAGAGGAGACAAACCAAGAAACAAGAAACACCAUCUUAGGACAACGAAUUCUGCUUCUCUCUCUCUCUCUCUCUCUCUGGUGGCCCUCAACGAUUUCCUCUUGAGUAAUCUCGAACCUUGAGUUUCCUUGGCUUUUUCAAGGUGUCAGCUUGUUUGGGGAUAGAAAGAGAUUCAUACAGCAGAAAAGGAGAGAUAGUGAGAAUCGAGAUGUUGAUGGCGAAGAACGGUGUUGGGAAGGAAGGAGGAGCCCUUGGUGGUUGUGGAGCCAAUGGGUUGGUAGCAGUGGCGAUAGAUAGAGACAAGACCAGCCAGAAUGCGCUGAAAUGGACGGUUGAUCAUUUGUUGCAGAGAGGCCAAUCCGUCAUUCUCAUCCACGUCAAGCUCCGACCUUCUCCUUUGUCAUCGAGCCCAUCUCUUAAUGGUAACUCUGCAAAGCUGAACCAAAU